AUGCCAACAACGACAGAUGCAGCAACCACGCUGCCCACUGAUGAGCCCGAAGAAACAGAAGUUGAGGCCACUGCUGAGCAAACCCGACAGGGUCAAAUCUACCAUAUCCAGACAAAGGCACUUGACGGUCCGGUUAAUUAUACCAGCCAAAUACGCCUCAUCAUCCUACCAUCCGAGUACCAAUUCUUAGGGACCAGGGGCCAUGACGUAGCAGCCGGUCUCCAAUUCGUGGCCCGUCACGCUGUGGUCAUUGCCUUGGAUCUCGAGCCUUUUCUUCCUCGAAGACUUCUCCGGAAGAUCUACGGUGGUGAAGAUGCUGCAACGUCGGCGACAAAGUCACUAGGGCAUGUGUUGGCUGCGGUGGAUCAGUUUGCCUUUUGGGAGAGUAGCUUGGAGGAACUCGUCCUCUGGUGUCUGUCACUUCUGAGACAAUACUGGUGUUCAAUUGCAUGUGUUGCGGUGCUUAUCCUCAUACUUAUCCUAGUGAUUGUUUUGUCUUAA